AUAGGUUAUGUGACUGUUUUCCUAUUUUUUCGAAUCAAGUAAAUCAAUAAGUUAGAACCAAUCCCAUUCGAUUGCUGUUGAUCUGCUCAGAGUGCUCAGUGAACAUUAGGUGGUAGUACUAGAUAUAUUCGCUUUUGCGGUUCCCGCGAAGUUUCGCAUAACCUCUUUUCUUCGCUUUUCGCGAGUGUUCCACACCCCUAUCGCUUAGGUUAGCGACAUAUAUCAUUGUUAACAUCUACUCGACGAUUGCCAAAACCUGACGCGUAAUAAAAACGUACCUAUCUCUUACUGAAUAAUGAAAACUUUAGAUAACGAAGAGAUUUGUAGAUUUGUGUGUGAUUUGGCAGUUUGUUCUUAUUAGCGACGUGUACUAAGUGUCGUACGAAUCCCUUUGUGAAUGCACGCGAAGAGAACGAACGAUGAAUACAACUGCGAGAUUCGCGCGAAUGUUGUGAUUGGCGCGAAAAUUGCAAAAAAUUGACGGACACAAUAAAUUUUUUGUUGUCUCAUAGAUUUUACGUUACUCCCUUGAAAGAAAAAUAAGAUAGAUGAGACAGAUUAAUCUUACAUGAUCCGCAAGUUCACGUCUGUGUUAAGUGAUAAUCUCACGUAGUGUAGUGUUCAUUCUUCAAAAUACUUUUAAACGGCCAACCACCAAAUGUCAAAGAACAAACUCAACUUAACAUUACCACCUGGCUCAAUAGAACCGGUACCAGAAGCAUCUCCUUCACCGCCGGUUCCGCCUGCAUAUCCGGAACCUCCGGAAAUGCCUGACGGCAUGAGGGACACAUUGAAUAUUGAUACUCUUCAAGCAAGAUUAGAAGAUCUAGAAAUGGACGAGGAACAAAAGAAACGACUAGAGAGCUUUCUCGGACAAAAAGAAAAAGUUGGAGAACUAUGCGGCGAGGAUUUUGAAAAGUUAGGUGAAUUAGGUUCGGGUAAUGGUGGCGUUGUUACAAAAGUCAAACAUAAAAAAUAUGGUCUUAUAAUGGCAAUGAAGCAAAUACGCUUGGAAGUGAAGCCACCUAUCAAGAAGCAAAUAAUUAGAGAAUUAAAAGUCCUUCAUGAAUGUAACUUUGCACAUAUAGUUGGAUUUUAUGGCGCUUUUUGCAGUGGAGGAGAAAUUUGUAUAUGUAUGGAAUAUAUGGAUGGUGGAUCAUUAGACCUAAUAAUGAAAAAAGCGGGACGAAUUCCAGAAUCCAUGAUAAGUACAAUCACAUGUGCUGUUCUGAAAGGUUUAACUUAUUUACGAGAUAAGCACGCCAUAAUGCACCGGGAUGUAAAACCAAGCAACAUCUUGGUGAACAGCGCGGGUGAAAUCAAGCUCUGCGAUUUUGGCGUUUCUGGACAACUGAUCGAUUCAAUGGCUCAUUCGUUCGUCGGUACACGAAGUUAUAUGUCGCCAGAAAGACUCCAAGGAUCACAUUACUCAGUGCAAAGCGACAUUUGGUCGCUCGGUGUGUCACUCGUGGAAAUGGCGAUUGGGAUGUAUCCUAUUCCACCGCCAGAUGAUAGGCUUUUAGCUUCUAUAUUUGGUUCGGAAUGGAUACAACACGCUGGGGAGAAUCCGGCAACAAUCAGCGAAUCCUCCACGCCGCCUCCACGACCACCGACGAGACGUUGCACGCACACUCCUAAGCCAUUAGCGGUAUUCGAACUGUUGGAAUUGAUAGUCAACGAACCACCACCAAGACUGCCAUCCGGAUUAUUCAGCAAUGCUUUCAUAGAUUUUAUUGAUCGGUGUUUAAAAAGGAACCCAAAUGAUAGAGCAGAUUUGAAAACGUUAACGAAUCACGAAUGGAUAAGGAAAGCUGAAUCGGAAAACGUAGAUCUCGCUGGAUGGGUAUGUCGUACUAUGGACCUAGAGCCGUCUACGCCAACGCACUUAUCGACCGUGCAAUCCUGAAUAAAUGUAACUCUUACAUACUUGACUACGUAUAUUCGCGUUCAGUACUCCUAAGUUACGCCUUGGUUCAGCUAGGUUUUCAUUCGAUCAAACAGUGGCGUAUAUAUCUCUCUUUUAUAUCCCUCCCCUAGCAAUAUCUUUUUACAAAAUUAAUACAAUAAGGAAUAAAAAGCUUUUGAGAGUCAAUGCUGGAUGUUAUUGCAAUUAUGUUUUAUUAUACGUAUACAAUAAUUGAAAUAGACGUUUCGACGACUCACUUGUCAUGGAUCUAAAUUCGGAUUUAUAGUCAUGAUAAGCGAGUUUUCAACAUCGCAUGAUAUGCCAGUACUCAAAACAGCUAUUAAAUUUGGUAAUUUAAUGGAUAUUGAUAUAUGGAUGCGAAUUGACUUAUCCAGAUACACAUUAUUCACAAUUCAAAUUACGAUAAAUAAAUAUUCUUAUCAUUAAUGUUAUAUUUACUGAAGAAGAUCCAAACCAAGGAUCGAAACGUCUAUUUCAAUUAUUAUAUACGUACAGUAAAACGUUAAUUGCCAUAACAUUCAGCAUUGGCUCUCAAAGGCUUUUUAAUCCUUAUUGAUUUAAUUCAUUAGAGCCUAUAUAGAAUUUUUAUAGUUUAAAAUUAAUAUAUCUACGUUUUUGAUAGGUGCGUCAAGUUCGUUGAUCGUAUCAAAUGAACAUCGUAUCUCUAUUGACUGUUGAACGUUAUGUUACGACUGUUACGCAAAUGAUUACACAGAUAGAUUUUACUUAUGAAAACAGUCAUAAGGAAUUCGGUUAAUAUCCCAUUGUUAUGCAUCUUUGUCACUUUCUUGGUUUUUACAGGGAGAAAUGACUACAUUGUAAUACAUGUAAUAAUUCAUCAAGUAUCACCGUGAUUUACAGGUAAAACACUUGUCUUGCGGACUGGAUAUGUCAUAUUUUGCUCAGACUUUGCAAAUUUACACGCAGCACGCCACUGUGCUAAAUAUUAAUUUCAUUCAUAAGAUUCACUUUACGUGUUCGUCUUAUGCUUCUGUUAAGAGUAUGUAAGAUGACAAAUUGCAAUAUAAGUUUAUUAUUAGAUUCAUGGGCAAAUUGUGUUCCCCGUGAUAUGAUAUUAGGAUGCGCGAAUGAGCAUUAAACCUACGAACGUCGUUUGAGAAAAUUAAUUAGAUCGAGAAUUACUUGUAUAAGAUUUGUACCUGACAUCCAUAGAAAUGUUAUUUACACGAUCAAAAAUUUCAUCUUUAAUCAUGUUAAACCAUUGUUUUUGUAUCAAUGCAUAACUUUGAUUAAACACGGUUGCCGUCUUAUUUUCAAUCACGCGCGUUAACACGUACGAAUUAACACAUGUCUUUAAUUUUAAUUGCACGCGCGCGCACAUCACAUACACGCGCGCACGCACGCACACAACACACAC